AGUUGAGCCCGAGUCGACCUAGGGGCGUCAACUGGACAAUCGGACGACAGCUGAUGCCGCCUCUCACUUUACACUGACCGUACCCUCGUCCCAAAAAUAGCCCUGCCGCUCUUGGCCUAUUUAUGGAAUGGGCGCUACACGCGAAGCCGACAAUCCCACACGAGCCGCUCCAGACUGACUGCAGCCCUCGGCCGUGGCGAAAGGGGGGCCCCCUCGCGUGAGUCCACGGACUUCAGCGUUGGUAGCGAGAGUCCACACAGAGUUCGUUCGUCGCGGGAGUCCACGGAGUCCACCGUCGUCGUUGAAGAACCGCGCCGCCGUGGUUGUUGAGCCGUGACACGCGGUAGGCGGUCGUUCGUUUAAGCAUUCGUUCACCCCACCCCCCCCUAAAUCCUUCAUCCACCCCCCCCCCCUAAAUCCUUAAUUAUAUUUAUUUGUUUAAAGUCCGCGACUUUUGCUGCCGCGUGUGGUGGGGUGGUGGUGAGGGGGUCCGGCGAAGACGACACACCAUUCACAGUCGUAGACCUCCGUGCUCGCACGACGCGGGGAGCUGCAACUGGGCGCAGGGAAGCGCCCCCCCCCCCCUUCUUAGCGGCCCCCACUCGCACACUCGCGCUCGGGAUGUCGAGGGACCAGGAACGAGACGGAUCGGACCACCACAACGGCGACGAGGACGAUGAUUUCGACGAAGAUGCCAUCCUCGCCAACCUGUCGUCCGAGCAGCUGCAGCAGCUUGCCGGGGAACUGGCCGCGGACGACGACGAGGUGGAGCAGGAGGAGGAGGAGGAAGAGGAGGAGGAGGAGGAAGAGGAAGAGGCCACAGGCAGUACCGACGACGAUGACGACGGUGAUGGCGACAACGGGAAAGAGUUGGACGAAGACGAAAUCCUCUCGGCGCUGUCCAAGGAUCAGCUGCGGGAGCUGGAGAGGGACCUGGACGACAUCCAGCCGGACGUCUCCCUGCCCGUUGGCAUGCGGCAGAAGGACCAGACGGAGAAGAUAGCGACAGGCUCCUACAGCCACCACUCGCUCAUCGACUACAUGCAGAAGCAGAAGAAGCUGGUGGAUCUCGAGAGGAUUCCAGAGCCUCUGGUCGACGGACAGUACAAAAACGGGGAUGGCAAAAUCGAUUCUCGGCGACCGCUGGCGGAAGACGAGGAAGCGGUCGACGUGGAGAGCAGCGACCGAGCGGCCGAGAACGGCACGGCCGAGCGGGCGGCUCGCGCAGAGCGGCCUCCCGGCCACGUCGCCGGGAGGUCCCACGAAAGCUCGUCCGAGAGUUCCGACUCCGGCGGCGAGGACCGCGAGAGGAGCGCGCCGGGAGAGGCCUUCGCCCGCGGCGAGAGCCGUUCGGCGGCGAGAGGAGAAUCGGCGUCGCCGGUGAACGGCGUCGGCGUUCCGAACGGCCGCGGCUCUAUCACGCCUCCUCAGGAGGGCUCGGGUGAACCUGCCUGCGCGGCCGCCGCCGCCGCCGCUGACAACGCAGAUAACCCCACCGGCGGUGGUGAGCAGAAGCAAGGCGAUGGUGGCGGCGGAGGCGACGACGCCGAGUCGUUCAAACCGAAAGCACCUCUCAAGCUGCCCGGAGCGCUGGCCAACAGCCUGAAGGAUCAGCUCGCGGCCAAGUUCGGGGCUCUUCAGAAGGGGCCCAUGGGCAAGGGGCCGCCGGGCAAAGGGCCUGCGGCGAAGGGACCCGGCCGUCUGUCGGGAAACCCGACGAUCGUGGACGACGCCCUCAGGGGGGUCCAAAGCAACGACCCCGCGCUGACGGAGGUCAACCUCAACAACAUCGAGAACAUCCCCAUGGAGACGCUGGUGCAGUUCGCCGAGGCGCUCAAGAAGAACAAGCAUGUGAAGGUGUUCAGCAUCGCCAACACGCACUCGGACGACAACGUGGCGUACGCCAUCGCCAACAUGCUGCGUGCCAACCGCAGCAUCGACAAGCUCAACCUGGAGUCCAACUUCAUCUCGGGCCGGGGCAUCGUGGCCAUCAUGCGCUGCCUGCAGUUCAACGAGGCCCUGCUGGAGCUGCGCUUCCACAACCAGCGGCACAUCCUGGGCACGCAGGCCGAGAUGGAGAUCUCGCGCCUGCUCAAGGCCAACAACACCCUGCUCAAGAUGGGCUACCACUUCGAGCUGCCGGGCCCGCGCAUGAUCGUCACCAACCUGCUGACGCGCAACCUCGACCGCCAGCGGCAGCAGCGGCUCAUGGAGCAGCGCAUCCAGGAGGAGCAGCAGCAGAUCAGGAGGAUGCUGGCGGCGGGCCUGGCCGAGAUAGGCGAGGAGGGCAAGGGGGGCGAGUAUGACGAGGAGGAGGGCGAGGAGGAGGGGUGGCCAGACGGGCUCGCCGCGUCUCCGCGCCACAAGGUCCUCCGGGGCUCCCAGUCGCUUCCGGCGUCGCCGCCGGCGCCGAGGUCUCCGCGGCCACCCGGCUCGCCGGUCCCGGCCGACGGCGAGACGGCGGCGGCCGGCAGGAAACCGAGGAGCAUCGACCGGACGCUGGCCGAGUCGCACAGAUCGUCGUCGGCCAGCGGCGAGGACGCGAUGGGUGGCGGCCGCCGCGGCGGCGACGGCGGCGGGUGGAACAUGCAGGGGGUGCUGUCGCAGAAGGAGACCGCCGCCACGGGGGGUCCCAGGCUGAAGAAGAGACCGCCCGACGGCGAGAAGGAUUCGUCGUCGAAGGGCCAGUCACGCUUUCUGCUCAAGCGCGAGCAGCACGACUUCCGGCACGUGCUGCAGCCCACGAGGAAGCGGAAGGUGAAGCAGAACCCCAAGCCCAAGGAGAACUGCCUCCACGAGGACCUCAUGUCGGAGAUUCGGACGACGAACGUGGCCAUGCUGAAGAUGACCCCGAAAUCGAUAGAACAAUUGAAGGAGGAGUAUCUGAAGUAGUGAAGACGUGGAAUGAAAGUCCACACUCUUUAACUUUCGCGGACAUUUCGGACACGCCGCCCCGCGACACCCUACGGAGGCAACGGUGUUCACUCUGAUGCCCUCUCACGCGACCUCCUUAAGCCCUCCGCACGCCAGCGGAGCCGCCCGGAUGUAUAGAGCGGGGGUGGUGGUGGUGGUGGUGGCAAAAGACAAAUAGGUAGUGUAGCGGUUCUGGGUAGCGGUAGUG